GUCACCCCACCCAUCGUCACACAGCAGUCUUUCUUUCCUAUUUGGUUUUGUAAGCGCUUAGUAGCGAUUUAGCGAAUUUUAUUGUUACUGUUAAACACUGAGAAUGUUUAUACCGUUCUAUUAUUUUUUGUUAUAAACAUGGCCUGAAUUUCUGAAGUGGUGUUAUUUGUAAACUAUUUGUGAAGUGAAAUUCAUAAUCGUAUAACAAGGACAAAAACAUCUUCGUAGUGCAGCUCAAAAUGGCUGCUCACAAUAAACCAUUGAAAUUCGACAAAAUAUGUCGUGCUUGUUUGGAGAUAAAAAAGGACAUGAGACCCCUGUUUGAGCAACUCACGGCUACAAUGUUGAUGGGUAUAACGAAAGUGCAGGUCGCAGUAGGAGAUGGUCUGCCUGCACAGCUGUGUCUGCAGUGUGUGCACCAGAUAUCCAGGUGCCACGCGUACAAGGACCUCGUGGAGAGGAAUGACAUCGUACUUCGGGAACACGCCGCGCGGAUGGCGGAAGAAGCAUUCAAAAGAGAGAGGGAAGAGAAAGAGAAGAUGAUGACGUUGAACUGCCAGGAGAACUACAUGCAGUACAUGGAGGUGCCGCUGGCGAACCCCAACCAGAUCCUGGACGGGUUCUUUGGCGCGACACCAGAACAAACGCCGACAAAUGCUCCAGAGCAGGAGACGAAAAUUGAAUUCGAAGUGGAAAAGAUAGAAUCAAAUCCGCCUGAGAGUCAGAAUCAGAUAAAAGACAAAGAAGGUUUAAAUUCGGAUGAAGAGAACUAUCUUCAGAUGGUUUUGUUCCAAGCGACGGCCACGAUGCCGCCCGGGCGACACGUGUGCAACCUGUGCCACAAAGAGUUCAAGCACGCGCGGUGGCUCAAACAACACAUGCGCUCACACACAAACUGGAUCAAAGCUAACUGUAAGAAGCCACACUUGUGCCCCAUAUGUGAUAGAAUUUUUAAGGGUCCAGGUAUGUUAAAAAUGCACAUGCGUACGCACGAACAGCGUCCCGCGAAGCAACCGACUUGUUCAGUCUGCCAGCGGGUGUUCCCGAGCAAGACGUUGCUCUACCGACACAGACAGACUCACUUCGAACAGAAGACGCACUUGUGUUCGGUGUGCGACAAGCGGUUCUACAGCGGGUACGCGCUCCGCUCGCACAUGGCGCGACACCGCGGGGAGCGCCCCUACAUCUGUACUACGUGCAACAAGAGCUUCUACAACCCUACUGACUUGAAGGUCCAUUUUCGGCUGCACACGGGUGAGAAGCCCCUGAAGUGCAACGAGUGCAACAAGACGUUCCGUCGCCACUCGACGCUGUGCCAACACAUGAAGAAGCACCGCGGCAUCCGGAACCACGUGUGCAAUGUCUGCAACAAGAGCUUCUAUGAAGUAUCCAAGCUCAACGCGCACAUGAGGAUCCAUACUGGAGAGAGGCCAUACGAGUGUCAGUUCUGCGACCGCCGUUUCGCGCAGAAGUCGGCGUUGAUCUACCACAGCCGCACCCACACGGGCGAGAAGCCGUACUGCUGCAAGGUCUGCUCCGCCAGGUUCACCACCUCGUCCGCAAGGAACAACCACAUGCUCACGCAUACUGGGAACAAGAAGUUCGUGUGCCAGAUCUGCCUGAAGGGCUGCACGUCCCGGUCGGAGCUGCGCGUGCACACGAGCAAGCACACCGGCGAGAAACUGUUCGCCUGCGACCACUGCGGGCAGAGGUUCAGCUCCGCGUCCUACCUCGCCGUGCACCGCCGGUACCACACCGGGGAGAAGAAGUACCACUGUCCGGUCUGCGGGAAAGGUUACGUGGAGUCUAGUUCGUACAAGAAGCACGUGAAGUCUCACGGCGCGGACAGCAAGGGCGAGUCGUCCGCGGCCGCCGACCACGGCGACCACACGGAGCCGGCCGCCGGGACCGACAUACCCACCGCCGUCGCUGACGACUCCGCCGAUGGACAGAACCAAGGUCAAGUCCAGCUCCAGGUGCAGGAGUCGCAGCAGGUGGUGGCGGUGCAGCAGGCCGAGCGCUCGCUGCAGAAGGUGUACCGGUUCAAGUGCGGCUUCUGUCCCAAGACCUACAUGUAUCUACACAACCUGAAGAAACAUACCGCUGUGCACUCUGAGGAAAUGAAUCGCAACGCAGAACAAGUACUGAUCAUGCAACAACCGCAGCAGCAGCAACAACAGCAACAGCAACAACAGCAGCAACAACAAGUACAAGUACAGCAACAACAGAUGCAGCAACAUCAAGUGCAACAACACCAAGUGCAGCAACAGGUCCAGCAACAGGUGCAGCAACAAGUCCAGCAACAAGUACAACAACAGGUGCAACAACAGGUGCAGCACCAAGUAGCAGCGCAGCAGCUGCAGCAGCAGGCGGUCCUGCAGGUGGGCGGCGUGGGCGGCGUGUCCCAGCUGGCGCUGCCGCUGCACGCGCAGCACGUCGCGCAGGGGAUCGCUGUGUCCGGGGUACAGGCCGUGCAGAGCCAGCACCCGUACCCGGUGAUAUCAUCAGUGCAGUCCCUACAGCUGCAACAAAGCCAACAGGUUAACGCGCAACAGCCGCAGCAGCUCCAAGUACAGACGAUACAGAUACACCCGCAACACCAGCCGAUACAGAUACAUGCAGUAGGCGUGCAACAAGUCCAGCAGCAACAGUUGCACGUGGCCACCUCCUCCUGCCAGACCAUGCUGCCCAACAUACUGCAGUUACAGCCAGCGACGGUGGCAGUGUCGGGUCUGUCGCAGCAGGAGCUGGGCGGCGUCACGCACCGCAUCAUACUGCAGCCGCAGCCCUCCGCCACGCAUCCCGCCGUCUAUACCAUACACCACUGAGGGACAUCUUCAACACAGCUGUCGACACUAGAUAGAAAUCUAUAGCGAGAUUGUGGCCAAACGCUGACCCAUUUCCAAUAUAAGAAAAGGAAAUAAAAGCUACAUAACUCCCGGCACAAACGAUUUCCAGAUUUUCAAAUGAGAGAAAUAUCCGGCCAUGUUUCAUGUGGGACUAUCCGUGGAGGUAAAGCUUGCGUUGGAAGACUUCUAUGGGCGCCCUAUGCCACAACUAGAGGACAUUUAGCCGAAAUGAAUAACUGAUUUUAAUAAUAAAAGGAAUCAAGCUCAAAGUUGACUGAACAGAAUUAAAUGGCGUAUUCCUUUCUCUUGCCCACUUUGAACAGAACAGCGAUUAAUUUCGUCCCACAUGGGGCUCACAAUCACUAUUAUUUAUUGCCUUACAUUAGUUAUUAUACUUUUAACGUCUUGUUUCUUUAACGGAUACUUUCAUUAAGAGAGAGAGAGAGAUUUCGCUAAUUCUUAAAGGUUAUGUAUAAAAAAUAUAAGAAAUAUGCGCAGAAAAUUUUCAAAGGCGAUACAAAGUUAGCGGGGUUUGUUGGUAAUGUAAUAAAAUAAGCAUAAUCUUCUAAAUAAGUGAGUAAAUAAUGGAGUGCUUUGUGUAGUCUUAACAUUCAUAUUUAUUAUAAGCAUUGUUAGCAAAAUAGCAAUUUUAAUGUUGAAUUCGUUAUCACUACACAUAAUAAUUAUAAAGCUUUAAAAACAAAUCAAGAUAAAUCUGUUAAUAAAGUAAUGUUGAGCAUGAAAUCAUUGUUGGAUGCCAAACACUCCAUUCUUUACUAUGUUAAUAAAUGUAUGUUAUAAUAAGUAGUUAAUAAAUAGAGAAAUCUAAAGUCUUAUUGCACUGGUGCCUGAAUAUAUUAGACCGCAGUUUUACAUCUGUAUGUUUGAAUUUAUGUGUACAAGUAGUCGUUAGGUUCAGCAAUACUAGAAUAGGUGUACUUUGUGAUUAAACAUAGCAAUUUAGAUACUAUUUAAAUGUAUAUAAGAUAUAUUUCUCUGUGAACAUAUAGCAAUAAUGUAAAUAGAACAUUGUUUUGUAAUAAAGUGUUGGUUUCACUAAAGGUAUUUUCCUAUUGUUAUUGUUCGUGUGGGUAAAUAAAACGUCAUUAUAAAAACUUA